AUGGCCUCGGACGACAUCGAGGACCCGCUGCUGCCAGAACCGGCGAGCCCCAGGGCCAUGCCGGCCGCCGACCUCCCUCCUGCCAGCAUGAGCAAGAACUGGCCAGCCCUGCGCCUGUCCUCCAUGUCCACCCGCCGACUCUCCCCCAGCAUGCUCGGCGGCGGCGACUUUGACACCGUGACCCCCGCCGCCAUGGACCGGCACACGCGCGCCGCGCUGGUCGGCCUGAUCGACGUCAUGCUGGCGCUGCCCGUGGUGGCCUCCUUCGCCUCCAUCAUCUUCCAGGCCCCCUUCUUCGCGCCUUACAUCGGCCAGCUGGUCAAGCUGGUCUGCCUCUCCUCCGCCUUGCACCAGCUCAUCUUCAGCCUCUUCUCCACCAUGCCCUUUGCCAUGGGCCAGGUCCAGGACGUGGGCCUCAUCUUCAUGUCCGCCAUCGCCUCCAACGUCGCGCGCGCCUGCGCGGGGGAGGGCGUGCCCGCCGACGAGACCCUGGCCACCGUCCUCGUCACCCUCACCAUCUCCACCGCCAUUGUCGGCCUGCUCAUCAUCGCCACAGGCAUGCUGAAGCUGGCCAGCCUGGUGCAGUACGUGCCGCUGCCGGUGAUCGGGGGGUACCUGGCCUUCGUGGGCUACUUCUGCCUGGCGGCGGGGGUGUCGCUGGCCUCCGGCGUGCACAUCGACGAAGACCCAAUGACCUGGGCGGGGUUGGCCAGCGCCGACGCGCUCCUGCGCCUGGUCCCCGCCCUCCUCCUCCUGCUGCUCAUCACGGCGGUGCAGCGCAGAUUUAGCCACCCGCUGGCCCUGCCCCUGUUGCUGGCGGCCGCGCCUGUGGUGUUUUACGUCGUGCUCGCCGCCGGCGGCUGGACGCUGGCAGAAGCACAGCAGGACGGCUGGGUUACAAAGCCGACCCCGGGCGAGAAACCCUGGAAGUUCUGGGAGGCCUGGUCGCUGUUCGGCUUCGACGCCUUCCCCCCCACCACCAUCCACUGGCGCUUCGUGCCCAAGCAGGCGGGCAAGAUCCUGGCCCUCUACUUUGUGGUGGCCUUUGGGUCCAGCAUGGACGUUGCCGCCAUCCAGGCCGACGUGGCGACGCCCCUGGACUACAACAAGGAGCUGGUCACCGUGGGGAUGAGCAACCUGGUGACGGGUAUGGCGGGCGUCGGCUACACCGGCUCCUACAUCUUCUCCCAGACCCUGUUCAACCUGAAAAUGGGCGUGGACUCGCCCGUCAUGGGCAUCAUUGUCGUCGUUUCGGAGGUCCUGCUCUUCAUGGCCCCUGUGAAUGUGAUGAUUUACCUGCCCAACCUCCUGUUUGGGGCCAUGGUCAUGUGGAUAGGCCAGGACAUCCUCAAGGCGGGUGACUGGCUGUUCAUCGCCUACAAGCGUGUGUCGCACGUGGAGUAUGCGCUCCUGCUGGCCACGUUUGGGGCCAUCACGCUGUGGGGGCUGGAGCUGGGCAUCGCCGCUGGCAUCGCGGCUGCCGCCCUCCACUUCACCUACUCGUAUGCGCGGGUGACGCUGCGCACCUUCAGCGUGGUGCCGUCGCGGUCGGGCGCGGUGCGCACCUGGGACCAUCGCCGGGUACUGGAGCACUUUGUGCCGCGUGUUCGCGCCUGCAGCCUGCAGGGCUACCUCUUCUUCGGCUCCUCCGUCCUGGUGUCCGCCAAGGUCCUGGCCGUGGCACAGGACCUGGUGGCCAGCCUGGGCCAGCUGGCAAGGCAGGAGAGCCGUGGCCGGCCGCGCACGCAGCGCGAGAGCGAGAAGCUGCAGGGCGCCCUGAUUCGGGCGCCCCUCUUCCUCAUACUGGACUUCAAGCGGGUGCAGGGCAUGGACGCCACCGCGGCACGGACCUUUGUCUCGCUGCAUGUCCGAUUGCAGCGGCUCGGCGUCCAGCUGGUCAUCACCCACCUGCCCGACGAGGUGCCCGCCCUGCGCAAGCUGCUGGCCUCCCAGGGCCUGAUCCUGCGGACGCCCUCGGGGCAGGAGGAGGGGCACGUGGCGGGAUCGGAGAUCGAGGCGGCAGGCACGUGCCAGUGGUUUGAGACCAUGGAGGCGGGCCUGCACUUCUGCGAGGAGCAGUUCCUGGACGUGGCCAUUGAGUCCGGGCUCUGCUCGCCGCGGCGCUCGGAUGUGACCCUGGCCGAGGCGCUGCUGGCACACCGCUCCCUGUCGGACGCGCAGGCCGAGCCCGGGGGGCCCGCGAGGUUUGAGGCCGCCGCCGCGCUGUUGGGCCGAUACGUGCGCCAGAGGAAGCUGCGAGAGGGCGAGGCCCUGUUUGAGAGCGGGGACGAGCCAGACUGCUUCUUCAUCAUCAAGUCUGGCACCAUCAUUGUGGAAGUCAGCUUUGCAGAGAACGAGCACCAGGGGAAGCCAGGGGUGGAGGGAGCCCCCACCCUCACACGGGCCCAGAACAGGACCUUUCACCACGACCCAGGGGCGGUGGUGGGCGACUUCGACUUCUUCGCCGGGCGGAGAAGGACCUUCCGGGCCCUAGCCCUUACCCCCGCCGCGGUCUGGGUCAUCUCGCGGGCAGUGCUCCAGGCGGUGGCAGACGAGAGCCCGUCCACCGUGGUCCUGCUCCAGUCCAUCAUCCUGCGCGCGGCCUCCCUCACGGCGGUGCACGCCUUCGAGGUGCUGGAGAAGCUGACCUGA